AUGGUCCUAGCAGGCCUUCUCUUCCACGUCGUGCUCUUCUGCUUUACCGCAGGCCCAUUCCUCGCACCUGCCCUUCAUCAAACCAUAGACCUUCUCAAGAACACACCGUCUCUCAUCACACAUCUCCCUCUUGCGACUCUAUCAUCUGCAGGCUGGCUUCCAUUUACAACGCUCUCACCGCCACCGCCACCGAGCACUUAUAACCUCAUCUUCAUCGACUUGAUCACUCCUCCGGGUUCAGUAGGACAACCUUUCAACGACUCUGGAUACGUAUAUCACGAGGGAUUCGAGCCUAUCCCUGUACUUCCGCGGGGUAUAGUGGAGUCUUUGUGGAAGGGAAGGUAUGGAGCGCUGCUCGGUGUGGCGCUCCUUCUCGAUAUCAUCGUUAUGUGGCUCCUUGCGACGGUUUGCUCGCGAUCCAAGCGUCGACUGCACACGGGAACCAACAUCAAACAUGACCAUGAUCCUGAGGGGCCUGUGGCCGCCACUGUCACCGAGGAACCCCCGAGUGAACCUGUGGGCCAGGAACUCACAGAGUCUGUCAUGUUCGAUGGACUGUUGGGCAAUUCAUCCAAGACGAACAGGCCCAUGGACGAUAUGGAGGUGUAUGCAUAUAUGUGUUCUGUCGACACAGACUUAGAGCGGCAGACGCCACCUGUCGAAGUCAAAGUUGAGGCCUCAUCAUCUGAGCUUGAUGAAUAUGCUCGCGCCGAGGAUUCUGGACCGAAAAUUACGCCCGACCAAGAAGUGCCCCGCGUCGAUACGACCAACGUUGAAGAUGAUGACUCCACCGAGAUCAAUCCAGAAUCCAGUGGUCUUCACGUGGUCGAAUACCAACCAUUAUACCGAACGUCCUCCUCUACCAAAUCAUCCCGUCAUGGCUGGCGUACCAUUGCGACCGGUUGCCCCACCGUUUACUUAUUGGACAAGGACAAGGAACGUCGAUUCGAGGCGAAGUGCCUCACAGGAGUCGGAUUCGGAGGCGUUGAUCCUGAUGGCGUACGACUUGUUGUUAGUGUUGGGGAUGAGAAGAAGAAGUGGACUGCGGAAGCGGAUGUAGGGAGCUUCGUUAGCCUCUUGACCGAUAAAGAAUGCAUGUCGCAGCGUUCGUUUCUCAAGUCCCUUCAGGUUUGGAAGGGAGAUAUACGCGUUCCCAUCGAGGCGGUAAAGGAGUUUCUCCCUCUCAUCAACUUGCAGUCGAAAGACCUUGGCGAUGACGUUGGUUCUACUCUGACAGACUGGGUUUCCCUGCAAGGCCUCCAAGUAUUCUUCAGAUACUGGCGUCCACUUGUAGGUUUCCAAUACACCGGGCUACAUACGGCCUUCUACGACCAUCUGCGACUGGACCCCGAAAAAGAUAGGGCUAUGCCGAAACGAUACCAGAUGUUGCCGCUAUACGGUAAAGACGUCACACUCGCUGGGGUUCUCAAAGUACUCGGCAACACCGAUGACGUCGAGGUGUCCGCUUUCCGCUUCCGUGCGGGAAUGGAGUUGCGUGCUCCUGAGAACGUCGGCUUCAGGGAUGCGGCCCCUUGA